AGGGGCUUUUAGAGUAUAAUUAAUAUAAGUAAUUAUUAUUAUUAUUAUUAUGAUUAUGAAUGUAAUCAGUUCAAGAUGAGAAUUCUGAAAGUUUUCUGAGCGGUUCUCACUACAUUCCUUUCUCUCUCUCUCUCUCUCUGCUUGUGUGUGUGUGUGUGUGUGUGUGUGUGUGAUAUCGUUAUCAGCUCACUGUAAUGAACUUGUGUCAGAGAGGAAAGAAGGCAAACUCAGACUCACAUAACUAUCUUCUUUUUUCCCCCUGUUCCUCCGGGCCAUGCUGAGAGAAUGAAAUGAGAAAUGUCAUUUUUCUGAUAACCCGUCCACCCGAGCCCGAAUCUGCUGUCUGUCUGAGGCUAACAUCAGCAGUGACAAUUAGCAUUCUCCGCUCUCCUCGCUUAUCUCACUUCACACACUGUGGCCGUGUUUCACUGCUGUUAGGACUGUCUGGAAAUUAGAAAUCUGUGAGAACAGAGCAGAUCAUAUUUUUGGCUUGCUGUUACUUACGGUAUCUCAAGGGGGCACAGAUUUCCUAAAAUUGUUUUCAGUUGUGAUUUAACAUUGAAAACAUUAGCAGCUAUGAGUGUACAAGACAAGGUUCUUUAGAGACAUGCCACAGAGGAACCAUUUUUAAGUUUCCUAAAGACCAAUAAUUCUUUAAUCUUAUAUUACAUAAUUCUACAUGCAUGAAUUUUACUACGUGAGCUUUCUGAUAAAUCUGAUUACUGUGCAUUUUUGCAGAAGUAUAAGUAUAAAUCAGCGCAUGUUGUCAGAAACGUGACGUUUCUGGUGUAGCGUGUACACAUAUGAGCGUGUUCUUCAGAAGCUUUUUCAAAAUGUGGUUGCAUGUUUAAUGACACGCACGCACACACACACACCCACACACACACACACACACACACCCACACACACACACCCCUACCCACCAUGAGAGGCUUAUGUUACACAUACACUGUGUACUUUGUGUAUUUAUGGUGUGCGUGACAUGAAGAAUUAUUUUAAUUUAUUGCAUUAAAGAAAUUACUCGAGUUAAUAAGUGAAUAUUGUGAGGCUGGUGAACUUCAUUCCUCGCUUUUGACACGCUAAUUUCCCGAGUCAGCGAAUAUGCAGGAUGUAACUCGGCUCAUCUGCUUGCACAACUUUGUCAUGAUAUCACAGACAUCUACUGACUCAUCCCUUCCCACACAUACACAUACACACACACACACGCACACAUAUACGUUCAGUCUGGCUGUCCAAGGCCACUGAAUUCUUGAUGUAUAAAGUCUCAGAUACAAUUUUAGAACAUUCUGGAAGUUGGAGAAUUGUUAAUAUUGGAGCUUGUUAAUCAGAUUCCCAAGAAAUUCACAACUAUUUCUCAUUUAUUUGGAUGAAUUGAAGUUAAGGUGAGUUGCUUGAGCACUGACUGAAAAUUAUGGAAUAAAAAAGUGUGUAUUGCUGUAUCAUGAGAAACAGUGGGGUGAUGAAGUGCAAGAAUGGGGGGAGUUGUAGAUAAAGGGGAGGAGUUGUACAGAAAGGGGCGGAGUUUUACAGUCUGAUUGCCACUUAAAGGAACGCUCUCCAGCGGUGUUCAGUGUUGCUCUUUGUUGGUCUCUUGGAACUGAUGUUUAUCUACAUACACAAGCCGUCCUGUUAUUCCUGAGAUGAUGUAUGAGAGCCGGUGCUCGGAGCGUCACUCAUUCCUCAUGGAUACGGCAGCAGUUUCACAUCACCUCAUCUUCCUCCCUCUCCUCCUCUUCCUCUCUCGCCUGUGUAUGUGUGUGUGAGCUGGAGCGCGGCCGUCAUGGCUCACACACACCACAGCUACAGUCUCCUCAGCACAGUGGCUGAGGAGCAUCACAAGAGGAUGCUACCACUGCAGCAGGACCCUGCGAGUGUGUUGUCUCUCCUGGACAUCCACAGAGAAACACUGCACACACUCAGUCCGCUCUCUUGCCUCAGACGCUCCAAAAUCUACAGCUUCGUCUUCGGCCUUCUCGUCCUCUUCCUCAUCAUGGCCUCGUACGUGCUGAGCAGCGAGAGGAAAGCCUUUCUCAUCACAUCAUCUCCGUAUCACACAAUAAAACAUAGAACAAUGCUCUUUAACCUCUCCUCCACUAAAGACUCCGCCCACAUCGGUCAGGUGGUGCAGCGGAUCCUGUCUAACCUGGAGUUUAAACCCAGGAAGUUACCGGAUCUGGGAAUGCUGGUCCAUAGCGAGCCACAUAUGUUCUCGGUGAUUCCCCGCCACUUCCUGCCAGAUGCGAAGAAUCCGUGCUGGUAUAAGCAGCUGUCAGGGAACGCCAGCGUGAAUCCGUACCAGAGGAACCUGUACGCUCUGUACUCGCGCCAGUCCCGCGUCGCCUUCCACAUCCUGAGGAGAAGCUUCUGGAAACAUCUGUUACGGCGAGAGGGGAAGUUGUACCGGAUACGCUGCCUGCCCUACUUCUACAUCAUCGGGCAGCCCAAGUGCGGCACCACGGACCUGUACGAGCGGCUCCGGCUGCACCCGGGCAUCCGGGUCAGCGCACUUAAAGAACCACACUGGUGGACUCGCAAGAGAUUCGGUAUAAUCCGUCCCAGUGAUGGCCUCCACGCUCGCUAUCCGGUGGAGGAUUAUCUGGAUCUGUUUGAUCUUCCAGCACAUCACAUUCAGUAUCAGAUGUUGGCCAACCGGACCGCAGGAGUCCAUCAUGCUGAUAUUAUCAUCGGUGAGGCCAGCGCGUCCACCAUGUGGGACAACAACGCUUGGUCCUAUCUCUAUGGCAACACCUCAGAGGCGGAGCCUCCCUUCCUCAUCCAGGACUUUAUCCACGCCCUUCAGCCUGAGGCACGCUUCAUUGCCAUCCUGAGGGACCCUGUCGAAAGGUUAUACUCGGACUAUCUGUACUUCGGCAUGGCCAAUAAAUCGGUGGAGGAUUUCCAUGAGAAGGUUUGGGAGUCGCUGCAGCUGUUUGACGCGUGUCUGCAGGAGUUCAGCCUCAGAGCAUGUGUGUACAACAGCACACUCAACAACGCCAUGCCUGUGCGUCUGCAUGUAGGUGUGUAUGUGGUGUACGUGCUGGACUGGUUGUCAGUGUUUAGUCGUGAUCAGCUCUUGGUGUUGAGGCUGGAGGAUCACGCAGCAGACAAGAGAGCGUCCAUGAACAGAGUCUUCCGCUUCCUCCAGCUGGGUCCUCUCUCGGAGCAGAAGGAGGCGGAGAUUACGGAGCGUCCAGCGUCUAACACUCGCAGGUUGGCUGAUAAGAACCUGGGCCCGAUGCUGCCUCUCACACGCCGCGUCCUCACUGCCUUCUACUCUCCCUUCAACAGGAAACUGGCCACCGUACUGCACGACAACGCCUUCCUGUGGCACAACCACUUUCCACACACUUAACACACACCCACACACACACUCUCACACACACACACACACACACACACACUUACACACACCCCAGAAACAGUUCGUGCACUAUCACUGCUCCCUGAGAGACUCACCCUGUUGGGGGAAUCAUCAUGUAAAUAAAAUUAUUUUCUUAAGUUA